AUGAAGCCCUCUUAUCGCGUGCGGUUCGCUUCCGAGAACAAGUUCCAGUCCCGAGUCAAGAACCAUCCUCCAGCACCGACAAGCACCGGCACGGGCGGCAGCCCGAAUGAGGCUCAGGUGUUUAGCCCUGCAGCAGCUCGCAAACCGAAAAGCAGAUCUGGAUGCAAAGAAUGCAAACAUCGCCGGGUCAAAUGCGACGAGAAAUACCCGGUUUGCAGUCACUGUCAAAGGCGCGGUUCGGUGUGCCUCUCUGCUACGCCGUCCACCAAAUGGCAGGUUGAGAUGCCGUGGAUGAUCACCAGGCCUAUCGCCGAGCCGUGGAUGGGCAUUGUCAACCCCAAAAAGAAGCUUCUGCAGUACUGGCUCGAAAAGACCAGCCGGAUAAUGACUGUGUGCCCCGAGAACAACCCCCUGUCCUACCCCUUGCUCGAGCAUCUCUUGUCCACUCCGUCGCUGCUGCAUGCUGUGCAGAGCGUGAGCGCAGGACAGGAGCACUUCUUCCAAUCGAAAGAGCUUACCACCUGCCUACAAGAGCGCGGCUUGGCUAUCCAGGCCCUGCGACAUGAGAUGCAGGACGCUGCCAACCUCAAGCCUGCCUCCCUACUCACCGUUUUCCUGCAGGGUGUUUCAUGGUCGUGGACAGAGGACCACCCGGACAAUUAUGGAAAAGAGCACCUCCAAGCCGCCCGUAGCUUGCUGGAGAAAAUGCUCGAGGACCCAGAGAAGCGACGAGACCCAUUGGUCCAGUUCAUGCUCGGCUGGUACCUGUACUGGGAUAUGUCAUGCGCCUUCAUCGCCGCGCCCCAGGAUCUCGCUCCCCUCAACACGGCGCAGGUGUUUGAUGCCAUCCAGGCCACCCGCAGCUCAUUCCACCCUAUGAUUGGCUUCUCCUCGGAACUUCUGUAUCUAAUCGCAUGCCUCGGUCGGCAUUGCCGCCAGGUGCUGGAAACCGAUGCUAGGGACCCGGUCCUAGAGGCAACUUUCGAGGGCCAACUUUUGGCAUGGGAACCAGAACAUGAUGAUCAGGACCUUGUCGACAUGAGUAUUGGGUACCGUAACCACGGGCUCAUCAUGCUGUACAACAUCUGCGGCGUGCCUUUCCAGGUUGACGACAUCACCUCGAGCGAAGACUCCUCGGACAUGGUUGAAGACUCCCAGGCCCGGAUAAGACCGCUGGUUAUGGACUCUUUGGAGCGUUUAUUCAAGACGCCAGUCGACGCACCUUGCUUCAGCUUCCACUCAGCACCCCUCCUCACUGCUGCCGCUGAGCUCACAAAAGAGGACGUCGAAUUGCGCACCGCGGCCGUUGAGCGAUUCAAGGCCAUAUACUCAACCAACAGAGUAGCUGUCAACAUGUGGGCUAUCGAACUUCUGCAAGAGCUCUGGGAUCUCCAUGACUGUGGCAUCACCAUCACUUGGCUGGAGUUGCUGAUAACCAAGAAAUGGACCUUGACUUUUGCUUAG